GUACUGUAUGCCAGAUAUUUGAACAAAGCUUUUGCUGAGUUUGGACAGUGUGGACUUGGGAAGCAGAAAAGCUACAGUGAGCAAGAGAAGACCUACAUAUUUCGCUCUUCAGUCACCAGCUGGAAUUGCCGAAUUGAUUUUGUGUAUGGCUGUACAUUUUGAAUUGUAAAAUGGAUCCCAAACUUGCUUCGAUUGAUUCCAUGACUGGAGAUUCUUGCAAGGAAUGGUGGCAAGUUCCUUACAUCGCCCAGUUUUGUUACGUACUCAAACCGGCCUUCCACUUUCCUGAUUUCAUCGUAGAAGAUUUGGAGGAGGCUCUAUGCAAGCCUGCUGAGCAAGGAUCACCUGAGUGGAAAUUAAUCUGCGAGAUUCACGUCCGAAUGUUACGCGGCAUUUUGCCGAACCGUGGCGUGAAUGUGGAGAAUUGGCAAGAUCAUUUGAGGAAGCUGAUGAGAGGAAAAACCAAGCGUUCUAAAGUUCUAUCAACUCCUGAAGAUACUACCAAUGAGAAUUCUUCUGACAGCACCGAGAACACGAACGGAGAGCAGUCCGAUACAGCCGACAGUCCAGCUACCGAGGAGAAUGGCAGUGAAGAACGAGCUACCACCACUGACAAUGAAGUGUGGAAUCCGCUGGAAGAGAACACUGACUAUCGUGAGAUUGCCACUCGCGACAAGGUUGCGAUUCUCUUUCUACUCAGUGAGAUGCGUCUGGAGGCAUCGGAUUGCCACGACGCCCUCAAAGGUUGGGACGGCGACUACUUGCGUUUGCAGCCCAUUGGCAAUGACAAGCAUGGUCACAGAUAUUGGUUUAUGGACAGUGGGAUGCGACUGUACAAAGAACUCGAUCCCAAACUUGAGUUGCCUGCUGCCGAGGAGGAGAAGCCGGUGAAAAAGGUGAAAGUCAAAGCCAAAGCCAAAGGCAAGCGUGGCCGCGGCAGACCAAAAGCAAAGAAGUCAUCGUCCUCCACAUCAUCACCUGUUGAUAAGAGCUACGCGCGCAGCAAACGAAGCAGCUUUCGUAGCGCUAUAAGCAGAAUCAGCCACCAGCCUGAGAGCGAGUCUGAUAGCGACAGUGAUGAGCAGGAGGAGGAAAGCAAGGAAGAGCCGUUUCCCCCGCUGAUGUCGUUGACGACGUCUCUAAUCGGUGAUUGGGCUGUUGUGGCUGAUUCGCAAGAGGAGUGGGAAGAGCUGACGGAGAAGUUUGUGCGCAGCCGCAACGCAGACGAGCGACAGCUCGGUAAGUUUAUUCAGUCUCAGCUACUGGAGGAGGUGACAAAGAAGCGAACACUGCGCGAGAAGCAGCUGCGUAAGAAACAACUACUGGAGAGCAUGCCACGCCGUGCAUCAGACCGCAUCACCAUCAUGAAAAUAAGCCGAGAAGAGGAGGAAAAACACGCCGUGCAGCGUCGAGAAAUGGCCGAAUCUGAGAGGCGCCAAGCAGAGGAAGAGAGGCUAAGGCGCAUUUCUGAGGACAGGCGUGAGCAGCGUGCAAAGCGAUUGCAAGCGCGUGCUGAGACGGCCUCUGCUCAGGGACUAUCUCCACCCAGCGAGAAUCGGCAAGGUCCGCCGUACGGCAUGAAUGAAGAGAAAUAUGAUGCAAUGUAUGCCGUAUUGGAGGGUCUCCGAAAGUCUACGCACUCCUGGGUGUUUGAGGAGCCCGUCACGGACAAGAUUGCACCGAAUUACUCUUUGGUGGUCAAGCAACCAAUGUCACUUACUACCGUGGAGGGUAAACUGGAUGACUACAGCUACAAGCAUCCGAGCGAGUUUAUCGAAGACCUGCGCAUCAUGUGUGCGAACUGUCGCCUUUACAAUGGUCCCAAGAGUCCCUACUACAAGUCGGCUGAUCUAAUAGAGGGCAGUGUGAAGCGCUACUCUUUGAAGCACUUUCCUCGCAUUGAAUGGGGCGAUCCUCCAAUUCUACCUCCCAGCGACCCCUUGCCGACUAUUCCCAAGCCGCAGAAGCGUAAAUCUCUGCCCGACGACGACGUGGACCCAGAUUGCCCUCCAUACACCAAAGUGAAAACUCCGCGUGCUGGACCGUUCAAACACCCCAAGACGGAAGCUUCGUCAUCAGAAUUUCUCAAUACACACCUUAGCCGCCAUCAUCCUGUUGCCGGGCAUGGUAACAGUUUUGUUCAACCUGACCAACACCAACCGGCGUUUGCACAGCAUCAGCUGAUGACUGGUGCUCCCAUGAAUCACCAGCCUCCGAACGUCAGGCCCAGCGUCCAUCCUGGUGCCGGUCUUGGCGCCUGGGGACAGGUUAUGACGCAACCAGCAUAUGGUAACGUGGUACAGCGCAUGCCACACCAGCCAGUCAUGCCCGGUGUACCUGUACCUAGAGCGCCGGUGAACAGCACCAUGGUGGCCCGCCACCCUGGCGCCAUGAGUGGUGGGGCCGUGCGCCAAUCGGUCCCUGUCGUCAAUGGUCAUGUUGCCAGGCAUGGCGGCGGUAGCUCUCCUGUGCGGCCUAUUGUUACUGCCCAGCACAAGCCGGGCAAUCUACGUAUGGACUCUCCGUCCACACAACCGGACUCGUCUCACCGUGUAAACCAUGCUGGCAUGGUAAGUUCAAACGGCCCCUCUCCACUUGGUGGUGCUCCAGCACGCCCACGCGCCUACUCACCGGGUAGUAAUCCAGCACCCAGUGCAUCUGCUGGAAAUCACCGCCUGGCGUCGUUUUCUUCCGCCGGCGCAUCACACUCAGCGGUCAGCAGCUAUCAGCAUGCAUCACGGCCACUCAGUUCCGGUCCUGUACCGCGAGCACCCGUGGCAGCUAGCAGUCUGCAUUCCAUGUCUCGACCGCUAUCUGCUGCCGUCGCUCACAGGCCUAUUCUACCGCACCCAGCGUCCGUGCCAGUGCACCGUCCAUCUAUGCCAUCGGCCACCGCUGUCAGUAGACCGGAGUGUAUCAGGCCGAUCCCUGGCUCUGAUGCUAGCUCAUCGGGAGCUGUUGUGCAACAGAGGCCCACUUCUAUGGCUAGCCAUGCACCCACUGGUGCUGCUGGUGCUACUGCCGCUACUCACGAUCACAACAAUGGCGGCGUAUCUUCAGCAAGUACUAGUCCCGGAGCACAGCCUGUUUCUGCUGCUGCUCCUGCAAGUACCGUUCCCAGUUCCAUCUCGACGACGCCACCGCUGCAUGCUCAACAGAUAGCAGAAUCAGCCAGCAGUGCAGCAAGCUCGGCCAGUUCUGCCAUUCACCAACCCAUGCCAUCAUCGGCGCCGCUGCAGCAGCAGCUGACAAGUAGACCUUCUGAGCAGCCGCCAAGCACCGUUUCAGAGCCACGUGUUUCCUGCAAUGCUACAGCUGCCGGCGUACUUGGCGACACACCGGCUUCAAUCAGCACUGCACCGGUAACAAGUAAUGUACUAGUACAUAAUUCCGUGUCCAAUGCUCUCACCACUACUAUUGCCGUACCAUCAGCUGUUGGCAUGUCAUCUGCAGCUUCUGCAGCAGCAGGCGCCGACAACUCUGCGACAGCGACUCCCUCAAGACCGAGCUCGGUUACUGGUGUUUUUCCUGAAAGAGAUAGUUUUGCAUGUUCCGGCGGCACGGAUGCUCUUGAUCAGUUGGCAGCAGUCAGUGCGCAGGCCUCACCUGUACACCAGCCCGCAAUGCUGCAUCCCGGUGCUAACAGCACUAACAGCACUAGUGACGAUGCAUUCAGUGUGAGCGACGCCGUCAAGUCAGCUUGUCUCACUGCCCAAGAGAACGCUAACGCUGACAUUGGCGGUGCAGGCAGUAACUCCACAGCCGCUUGUCCUGCAGCAGUGCCGUCAGGAGACGCUGCCUGUGCUGUGAAGGGACCCUCUGCUACUUCCUGUAUCGUGUCCAGCGCCUGUUGAUGACUGCUUCACGGUUUGUUUUGCUACGUGCAUGCCUGUGUUUUCUUUAGUCUCUUCUUUGCUGUUCUGUCUGCACCCAUACUGGUAAUGCAAUCGUCUGCUCUGUGAUAUGACAUACUUCUACAGUUGAUAGUAUUCUUCACGCCGCGUAUGGUGUUCUUAAUUUAUUCUUUCAGCUGCCGCAGUCAGCCUUUGAUCUUUUCGUUAUGUUCAUCUUGUCACACGGUGUGUUUGUUGAGCUGAUGCCUAACAUUGGCAGCAGAAGAGGCUCUAUCUAUUCUUGUUCUCUCUCGACACUACUGGUCUGCGGGUGUUUUCUGUGCCUGCUGCUGUUUUCUGUUUGUUUUUAAAUAUGGCUGGUGUUUAUUGCUGCACAUGUACACUGCUACUAGGCUAAUAGCGUGCUUCCAACGUGUGCCUUUGAUCUGUCAAUUUUCUCCUCACGUGGCGCGGAGCUUUUGAACUUAUCGCUGUCUUUUGUUGAGUGAUGUUGAAAAGACGUACAAAACGUG